AUGGGCUUAGAACGGUUCCAGGAAGCCGGAUGGGAGCCCAAGGGGUGCGGCGCGGGACCGGGCCAGGCGGGCAACGGGUCGCUGAUGCGGUGUCUGCCCACGGGCCUGUUUGAGAGCGACGAGGACAAGAUUGUGCGGGACUCGAUGGGCAUCUCGGCCCUAACCCACGACGACGAGCGGUGCACCGUCAGCUGCGCCGUGUACAACCUCAUGGUGAAAGCGCUGGUCGAGGGCCGGUCCGCCGAAGAAGCCAUCGAGGCGGGUGUCGCGGCCGCGCGCCGACUCGAAGGCGACCGACCCAGCGGCGUGGCCGACGCCAUCGAGCUGGGCCGACGGGUAUCGCUGGCGGAGCUGGCGGAGCGAGGCCCGCGCGAGUUUGCGGGCAAAGCGUCGGGCUACGUGCUCGAGUCGCUCGCCAUCGCGGUGGCGGCGCUGCGGGACGGACGGGCCCUCGAAGACGUGCUCGUCGACGUGGUCCGCAUCGGCAAGGACACGGAUACCAACGCCGCCAUCGCGGGGGCUCGUGGGGGCCCGCGACGGGCUGGCGGCCGUGCCGGAGCGUUCGGCGACGACUUUUGCGAGACGGCGGCCCUGAUCGACUUGUCCAUGGCGGCGGCGGCGCGGCGCGCCCUCUACGACGACGAGCAUGGCUACGGGCACGGCAAUGGGUAUACGCAUGGGAACGGCCGCGCUUCGGGCAAUGGGUAUAGCAAUGGCUAUGAUCACGGCAACGGUUACGGCAAUGGCUAUGCUAAUGAUAAUGGCUACGUUCAUGGGAACCGCCAUCGCAGCGGCGACGUGGCGCAGAUGCAUGUGUGA